AAAAAAUAAAGUAAUUUCAAAUACACAUGGAAGCAAAAGAGGAGGAUUUUUCUUCUUUAUCGAUUACUGAUAAAUUACAGCAUAAACUUUGGAAAGCUCGUGUUUCAGCUUGUGAAGAUUUAACUAAAUUAUUUAAAACAACCACUGAAGAUACUGAUUUCUACAGUUAUGAAUCUUGUUUAAAAAAAUUAGUUUUAGAACCAAAUGCAGUUGCCCAAGAAGCAGGUUUAUCUGCAGUUAUUGAAUACGUCAGCAAUGCACCUAAUGCUACUAGUACAAGAGAUAGUAUUAUACCAGCAUUAGUAGAAAAAUGUUUAGGUGCUAUUAAAGCAGGUACAAAACAAAAGGCAACAGAUAUUAUUUUACUUUAUGCAGAAAUCGAUACUCCAGAUCCUAUUGUCGAACUCGUUUUACCCGGCAUAAACGCAAAACAACCAAAAUUAGUUACUCAAACUGUAUUUGUAUUAAAAGAAUUAAUUCGACAAUUUGGUAUUAAAAAAGUGAAUCCAAAACCUAUUAUCAAAAUUAUUCCUCAAUUGUUUGGUCAUACUGAUAAAAAUGUUCGUGCUGAAGCAUUUGCAUUAACGGUAGAAUUAUAUAGAUGGAUUGGUCAACCUUUAUCAACUAGUUUAACUACUUUAAAGCCUGUACAAAUUAAGGAUUUAGAAGAAGCAUUUUCAAAAUUACCUACAGAGAAACCAACUCCUGAACGUUUGAUUCGAUCUGAGCAAGCCAGUGAAGAACCAGAACAAGUAGAGAAUGAUAUUAAAAUGGGUGAUGAUGCCCAAGAUGAAGAACAAAUGGAUGUUGACGAAAUCGAUGCUUUUGAUCUUGCUGAUCCUAUAGAUAUUACUGCUAAAUUACCUGGCAACUUUUAUGAAUUAUUACAAUCUAAAAAAUGGCAAGAACGUAGAGAAGCAUUAGAUGCAUUAUUAGAACAAGCAAAAACUCCAAAAAUUAUGGAUAAGGAUUAUAGCGAAUUAAUAGGAGCUCUUUCAAAACGUAUUAAUGAUUCAAAUAUUUUGUUAGUGGGAGCGACAGCAACUUGUAUAGAGCAUAUUGCAACUGGAUUAAGAACAGAUUUUGGCAAAUAUAAGCCUAAUAUUACACCUGUGAUGAUUGAAAAAUUAAAGGAAAGGAAACCCGCUAUUUUAGAACAACUUGCUAAUGGUUUAAAUGCUGUUUUUGCUUCAGUUCCGAUAUCAGAAUUAAUUGAAGAUGUAACUGUAGCUUCAAAACAUAAAAAUCCUCAGGUACGAUCAGAAUGCUUUAAAUUACUGUCUCGACGAUUAAAAGAAGUGAAAGAAAUGCCGGGAAAAACAGAGAUAAAGUCAUUUGCGGAAAUGUUUAAAAAAUUAUUAGACGAUGCAGAUGCCAAUGCUCGUGAAGCAGGUGCAGAUGGUUUGGGCACAUUAAUGAAAUUAAUUGGUGAAAAGCCAAUGCUACCAUUUACAGAUGGAUUAAGUGAUAUUCAAAUGGGUAAAAUAAAGGAAGCUUAUGAGAAAGCAACAGUAAAAGUAAAAAUUGCCAAAAAGCCACAACCAUCUAUAGCACCACCUGUUAAAAAGGCACCCACCAUGACUAAAAAACCUACACCAGAACCGAUGACCACUGAUGAUACUCCUACUAUAGCAAACGACGCAAAUAGUGUUAUCCCACCUAAACGAAAACCUCCAUCUCGUCUUACAGGUGCUAGUAGUAUAAAAAAGCCAGCUCUUUCAUCCUCAAAACCUAAAACAACAACUGCUCCCACACCAUCUGCUGUUACUGGUUCUAAAAAAAGUGCUAAACUGCCACCUCCUUCUACUCCGGAAGAAAUCAAAUAUAAAUAUUCACAAGAGGAUGCUGAAGCCCGUGCAACCGAAUUUAUUCCAGAAGCUAUUCAUACAGAUCUACAACAAGCGCAAUGGAAAGUACGACUGGCUGCAAUGGAAAGUCUAUGUCAACAUUUUGAGGAAAUAGAGGGUUCGGCUAUCGAACCUGAAAUUGUGAUUCGUUCAUUCUCGAAAAAGCCAGGUUGGAAAGAAAUGAAUUUUCAAGUAAUGGGCAAGAUGUUUUCAGCCAUUCAAACCUUAUCUGUCAAAUGUCCUAGUUUCAAUAAAGCAUGUGGUGCUCUCUGUAUCCCUGUCAUGGUUGAAAAAUUAGGUGAUAUUAAACUAAAGAAACCAGCAGGUGAUUGCUUAGUAACUAUUGCCGAGAAAACUUCUGUACAAUUUGUUUUUUCUCAAGCUUAUCCUGUUCUUAAAAAGGCAAAAUCGCCCAAAGUUUUAUCGGAUUCCUUUUUAUGGAUUCAUGCUACUUUAAUGGAUUUUGGUAUUUAUAGACUUCAAGUUCGAGAUUUGAUUGAUUUAAUUAAAUUUGGUCUGUCCAAUACAAAUGCUUCUGUAAGAACAAGUGCAGUUACCGUCUUAGGUGCCCUAAGGCAAUUUAUUGGUCCAGAAAUCAAAUCAUUCGUUGAAGACGUCAGUCCAGCAUUGUUAGCUACUAUUGAACAAGAAUUUGAAAAAGUUUCUAAAAUGGAUCCUCCUCAGCCAACAAAGGCACCAAAGAAUUUUGAUGGGGAUGAUAGUGGUGGUGAUAUUGGUAGUACAAAUGCAGAUGCAAUUGAUUCAUUAUUUCCUCGAGUGGAUAUUUCAGGAUCGUUAAGCAAAACAAUAACUCAAUGUGCAGAUGCUAAUUGGAAAAUUCGUAAAGAGGGUCUAGAUAAAGUGAUGGAGAUUAUUACUAGCGCCAAUAAUCGAAUCAAACCUUCUCUGGGACCUGAAUUCCCCAACGUUUUGAAGCAGCGUUUGAAUGAUAGCAACAAAAAUCUUCAAAUCAUGGCGGUUGAGAUUGCUGGAACGCUUUCAGUUGCUAUGGGUAAACCAUUUGAAAAAUAUAUCAAAUUAUUUACCGGGCCAGUGAUUGCUGUAUUAUCGGAUAACAAGGCUAAUGUAAGAUCAGCUGGUAUAACUACAUUAGAAAAUUUUCGAAAAACAUGUAGUAUGGAAUUAAUGGCGCCUGUGUUUGGAACAAGUUUAGCGAAUGAAACCCCCACACUUCGUAAAGAGCUUUUAUCUUGGAUAAGCACCGCUGUUAAAGAAGAACCGGAUGUUGCUAAGUUUGACUUUACUAGUAUCGUCAUACCUCUGUUUUCUUGUUUACAAGAUCGAAAUGGUGAUGUUCGUAAAGCUGCACAAGUUUGUCUCCCAGAAAUAAUUGCUAUUGUUGGAUAUGAUAACAUUAUCAACAAGACAACAGAAUUAAAAGCAGCUCAACGUCAAACCAUUUUACCUCUUAUUGAAGCUGCAAGAGGAUCAGCACCUAUGGCCACAAAUCCCUCAACAGCUGCUGCUUCUACUGCAUCUACGGCACCUACGUCUAAAAAACGCCCCGAGUCUAUUUAUGCUACAGAUGAUCAUGGUCGUUCCUCUACUAUUUCUACUCCUAGUCGUUUAAAAACCCCCUUAAAGAAGAAGAUGAUCGGUGUUCCUGCUUCUCGAUCACAAGCAACAUCACAUGCUACUGCUUCUGUUGAAAAUUCAAUAGCUCCUAUUCUUACGAAUGAUUCUCGUGCUAAACAAAUACGCGCUAAAAAGGAAAUCAGAUGGCAAUUUGAUUCGCCACGACCUGAUAUCAUUGACAAUCUCAAGACUUUGUUUGAUGCUAACAUGAGCCCUGAAGUAACUUCAUUAUUAUUCAGUAAAAGUCAGCACGCUGAACGUGAUCGACUCAAUGGUCUAAGUAUCUUGAACGACUGUCUUACUUUAUCCGACAUAUGUAUUGACAAAUACCAUAUUGAAUUUACGGAAAUGAAAUGCCGCUUUGUUGCAAAUGCAGAUCUUAUUUUCAAAUAUUUAACAAUUCGAUUCUUUGAUACAAACACAAGUAUGUUAAUUAAAUGUUUAGAUCUGACGCAGAAUCUUGUAAAUAUUCUUGAAGAGGAGAACUAUCAUCUUACUGAAUAUGAAGCUGUAUCAUUUUUGCCUUAUUUGAUUAAUAAGGUCGGUGACCCUAAAGAGGUGAUGCGUGCUCGUGUUCGUGAAAUCUUAAAUUCUUUAUCUCGCAUUUAUCCGCCUAAUAAAUUAUUCAAUUAUCUUUUGGAUGCCGUUGCUAAUUCGAAGAAUUCAAAAGUUCGCUCAGAAUGUUUAGAAGAAGUAGGCUUGUUAAUACAAAGGAAUGGUAUAUCUGUUAUGCAUCCUAAUAAGUCACUGCCUAUAAUUGCGACUCAUAUUGGAGACCGAGAUUCAAGUGUUCGAAAUGCUGCAUUAAAUGCGGUUGCUCAAGCAUACAUUUUAAUUGGAGAUCCUGUGAUGAAAUAUAUGACUAGAUUAGGUGAUAAAGAAAAAAGCAUGCUUGAAGAGCGUUUAAAGCGUACAACACCAUCAGCUAGUGUCCUUGCAGCAGAAGAAAAGGAGCGUGCUAAACAGAAGGAAGAUGAAAUGGAGAUUGAUGAACUACUAUCCUUACCACGACUGACUGGUCGUUCACAAAUUGCUAAGCCUCGUAAUAUAAUUUCUCCUCAACGUCCAGUUUCAUAUUCACAGACUUUACCUGAACCUGAGCCAAUGGAAGAUGUCAUAGAAGAUCAUAGACAAAGAAUUCCUGAGCCACAUGCUAAUCGUAUUAACCCAGAAAUAAGACAAAUUCGUCCCGUAUCUUUUGGAUCACAACAGCAUUCAUACCAACCACGCUUUACUUAUUCUAAUAAUCCUACAGAAAUGCUUGAUUAUUUACUUUCACAAAUGAAUAGUAGUAAUCAAACUGAGGGUGUUGAUGCAUUAAAAGGUAUCGUCAAGAUUAUACUUGCCAAACCUCAAGCUGCUAUCUCUGAUGUAGGCCGAAUUAUUAAUGGUGUUACACUUCAGAUGAAGAUGGCUGCUUUAGCGACUGAUCCACAACAAGGUCUUACACCAAGGCUCUGUAAGCAUGUAGUCAAUAUAUUAGUCUCUAUAUUUUCUACAGAAAUUUUAAUUCCUAAAGUCCCAGUUGAAGGAUUACAACAUUUAUUAGAACAACUUGCCCGACAAUUAUUGGAUCAAAAAACAAAUGGGUCCGCUUCAGGACCACAAUUAUCUAAAGCAUUGAAUGUAGCCAUGGUUAAAAUUUUAGAAAAUAGUGAAAGAAAUCAUACAUUUAGUGCACUAUUGACUAUCUUGAGUAAUGGCUCAGAAAGAUUGCUUGAUCGCUCAUUGGCUAUAGCUCAAGAAUCAAAGUAUGUAGAACUGAUAAUGAAAUGCCUUUGGAAGCUGGCCAAAACUAUCCAGGAUAGUUUGAAGAGGAAUAUUUUAAAUCCAGACGAACUUUUACUUGACAUAAAUCGAUUUUUCCUUGCUACUCCACCCACAACAUGGAAGCAAAGAGCAGCUGCUAAGGUCCCAUUAGGUGAAAUGCCUUUGCGAACUGUAAAAACAUUAUUAUUAGAACUUGUAAAUGGCUUAGGGGAUUCUGUAUUUCGACAUUUAACACUGAUUGAUAAUCCUCAAGAUAGUCAUGUAUAUCCUUAUCUUCUCCAUAUGUUGGAAGCGUGUCGAAAAAAGGAGCAGGAAGAGAAUCCUUAUUAUCAACAACAACAACAACAACAACGUUUGCAUCAGCAACAAUUAAUACAGCACCAACAAGAGAUACAACAACAACAGCAGCAACUACAACAAAUGCAAAUAUCACCAACGAGAACUGAAGAAACUAUAGCAAAUCGUUUAGCAUCACAUUCACAUAACUCACCAUUAAGUAGAUCUGCAUCUAUUUCAUCAGUUAAAUCAAAUACAGUGAUAAGGUCUCCAUCUGUUGCUUCCCAUUUUUCUAAUGAUGGUGAACAACAACAAGUGGAUAAUCAUUUAUCGCCUCUUGCUUCAAAUCAAAGUCCUCAUCUGAGUUCAUCUAUAUUAAACAACAUUGCUCUUACUAGUGUACAUCCUAUGCAAAUAGGUCUUCCUACAGUUAAUGAUUAUGCUGCACAUGGGUUAACAGAUUAUGAUUUAAAUGUGAAGUUGACAAAAAUUUUUCAAAAGAUUGGUAAUCGUGAUUAUACUAAACAGGGUAUCAUUGAGCUUUACGAUUUCCAAAAGAAUUACCCAAAUGCACAAGGAAAGGUGAAUAACUAUCUUGGUCAAACUGGUACCUAUUUUCAGAGCUAUAUUCGUCGAGGUUUAAGCAAUUUAGAAGCUGAAGAUAAUGAAUUACAUGCACAAGCACAAGCACAAGCAUUGGCUCAAGCACAGGCACAGGCACAGGCACAAACACAGUUAUCAACAGGUUCAAUUACACCAACUCCUACAAAUGCAAUAACUAAAGAUUACGUACCAUACUCACCUGUAGUAGAACGACAGCAACACAUGGUUCAUAAUAACUCGGAGAGAUCAUCAUUUGAAUCACCGCAAUCUCGAAAUGACAAUGCCAAUGGUAAAACUAAUUCUCUUUCAGAAGAUAAUACAGCAGAAAUUAAAUUACGAUUUUUAAGGUUGCAGCAAAAGUUUGGUUAUAAGACAAAUAUCGAAGAUAAUAACUUAUCUUCUAGAUCGGGGCCUACUAGCCUUAGCAAUUUAGACCCUGGUAGUAGUAAUAAUUUGGGGAAGAUAGAAAUGUCAUCUACUUUCUCUAGUUUUUCUCCUCGUAAACAAUUAAACACAAAUCACGAUGGAGAAACUGAUAGGCAGCAGUCAGUUUCUGCUCUUAAAGAAAAAUUAGCCAAAAUGAAACAAGUCAUAAACUCUGCCACUUCCUCACAAAACUUAUAAAUAUUUAAUUCACGUAGUAUCUUUUUUCUUUCAAUGUUUAUAAAACAAUACAUACAUACACACAAAUAUAUAUAUUUAUAUUCUAAGAAACCCUUUUUUUUGUCUAUGUGUCAUGAAUUGGAUUUUUAAAGAAAUAAGAAUUACAUAUGUUUAAGGAAAAAAUUAAGAUUAUUGUUUGCAUUAUAGUUGAAGGAAAGUUUAAUUGGUUAGGGCUGAAACUAAUAUAAAACACACACACAAAU